UUUUGGGUGUCCCUCCUCUCCCCCAGACGUCAGCACGAGGCGGCCCGGCGCUCGGGCCGGGAGCGGGAGAGCGCGGGGCUGGCUGCCUGGGGCAGGCUGGCUGCCUGGCCGCUCGGGGCACGGGGGCGCGGGGCGGGCUGCGGGGCGCCGGAGCGAGCCAUGGACGGCGCGGCAGCCUUCGGCGCGGACAAGCAGUUCGGCCCCGGCCCCGGGCGGAUCCCGGAGCCGCCUGACAACCCGCAGGGCAGGAAAAACUUCAGUGUCAGCCACCUCCUGGACCUGGAGGAAGUGGCCGCCGGCAUGAACGGGGGCAAGGAGCCCGGGGGCGCGGAGCCGCGGGACGGCGCCAAGGGGCUGCAGGAGCCGUCGGGCGGCAGCAGCGGCAGCGAGGCGGCCCCCCAGGACAGUGAGAGUCUGAGUCCGAGCCGCGGGGCUGCCAAGCGGAAGAAGAAGCAGAGGAGGAACCGCACCACAUUCAACAGCAGCCAGCUCCAGGCUCUGGAGCGAGUCUUUGAGAGGACGCAUUACCCCGAUGCUUUCGUGCGAGAGGAGCUAGCGCGGCGGGUCAACCUCAGUGAGGCCAGAGUCCAGGUGUGGUUCCAGAACCGAAGGGCCAAGUUCCGCCGCAACGAGAGGGCGAUGCUGGCCAACAGGUCCGCAUCGCUCCUCAAAUCCUAUAGCCAAGACGCAGCCAUCGAACAGCCCAUGGCCCCCAGGCCGACUGCCUUGAGCCCAGAGUAUCUCUCCUGGACCACCACAUCCCCAUACAGCACCGUGCCAUCUUACAGCUCAAGCGGCACCGCGACGCCCGCCCAGGGGGUGAACAUGGCAAACAGUAUCGCCAGCUUACGCCUCAAAGCCAAAGAGUUCAGCCUGAAUCAGAGCCAUGUGCCCACGGUGAACUGACUGCACGUCCCCAGAACCGGGACAAAAUACCAAUGUGCCUGCCCUAGGCGGGAGAGCAUCUUCCCGAUCACAAGAGGCCAGCUUGCCGCUCCUGUCCCAGUCUAAACCCAAACCCUUCUGACUCUCAACCAAUGCCGAGUCCGUCACCAGCAUCCCCUUCUUCUCCUGGCCCCUUUGGAAAGCAGAGCAAGUCACAAGCCCCUUUGGAAAGUGGCGUGUAAUUGUAGCCACAGACGGAGUGAACUUGGUAAGAAAGUUGCUUUCCCCACACACUCUAUAAUAAAAUACACACACACACACACACACACACACACACACACAUUUCAAGGAUGAACAGACUUGCCAAGUUAACAUGAAGAUGCUUCCGAACAGGGAAGAAUCUUGGACUACAGGAUUUGACCAAUUUGGAUAUCUCAGCUGGACAGCCAAAGAGCGACUGAGUAUUAAUAUAUGGAGCUAUACCUAUCUCCUAGAACUGGAAGGGAUCGUGAAAGGUCAUCGAGUCCAGCCCCCUGCCUUCACUAGCAGGGCCAAGUAUCCUCCUACGCUGGGGACGUCCCGCUGGUCUUUGUUGGGAGGAUCACUACGUUGUAUUAUGUCAAUUAUAUAGUCCCUUUUCCUUUGGUUGUCACUCAAACUUGACUGUUCAGCCAUUGCAUUUGUAGCCGACUCACAUUAUACGACAGCAGUUCCAAGGCUGACAACUUUGCUCAUAUAUUUUUGUGUCACCAGACUGCAAUGCUUGAGAGAGAAAGACUUUUGCAAGUGGGACUGCCCACGCCUGCUGUAUAUAUUCAUUACCGUAACCCUGCAUUGUGCUUUGUACAUUUAGGAGUAGCCAGCUGCCCAUGCCAAUGUAAGAUAUAUGUUACCGACUUUUUUUUUUUUAAACCAUUAGUCAAAGGCGAAGAUGAUGGUUUGAGUGCUCAGGAGAACUCACUCCAGCUAGCUGACGGGACUUUGCAGCUUUCCAAAAGUUGAUGUUUGCUCUGCACUUUGUGGUUAAGUCAAUGAAUUCACAAGCAAGUCUGAAGGGGCUCGGGUCAUUGAACUGUCCUGGGGGAAAAAAAAGGCUGUGGGCUUUAGCUGAGUGCAUCGUUGUCCAAUGGCCAGGCAGGCUGCCUCCUUCGGAAACACUGCCUCUCUUGUGGAACUGCCUCCCCUGGAUGUGGUUGAUGGCCUGGCCUCGUAAAUUAAACGCCUUCCGCAGCAAGUGGCUGCCUUUCCCCAUCACCCCACCUCUUAGCAAGCUCUUCCCUGCCGAACAGCUGAAAAUCAAAGUUACAAUGUAAGAUGUGAACAAGCAGAGCCUCAGCUGGAGGCCUCAGGGGUCUUCUCUGAGCUUUUUGUGCUGGGGCUUUAAUUGAUGGGGCUAGAGUAGGGGGCUGGCCAGGCAGCUCUGGAGACAGCUUCCCUUACCUAUGCACAAGUACAGGUAUAACACGGGCAGUACAGGUUUUCCUUGGUACUGCUACACCUCUGAGCCUCACCCCUGCUCUCAUGGGGCUCCCGGCUAGGGAGGAGAAGGGAGCUCAGUUUCCAGGCUCCAGUCAAGCCCCGACCUCUCUGCUGCGUGGUGCUGGUUUUAUGAUGUGAACAAAAUACCCACUGGAAACCGGGCUGAAACUGCUUAUUCAUUUCACAUAGGCCACCAAGCAGGCACCAGCUGAAAACAGUUUUGGGUCCUGACUGACUUGCCCUGGAUUUGAACUAGUGACUUAGAAGUAAAAGGCAUCAUCUCCCUGUACCAAUCCCCCAGCCCAUUCAGUCCCCCUCUCGUUAAGGCCUGUGUCUUGCUGGGAAUUCAGUAAGGAAUGAAUGAAUGUGCUGGUAUUUUUAAGAACAAAGGCGGCUACUACUGAGACACUCUCCUACAGAUAACGCUCUAUGGUAGGGUGACCAGAUGUCCCGAUUUGAUAGGGACAAUCCCGAUUUUGGGGGCUUUUUCUUAUAUAGGCAUCUAUUACCCCCCAUCCCCUGUCCUGGUUUUUACACUUGCUCUCUGGUCACACUACUCUAUGGGAAGCCUAGUAGUUUUGCUGUAGCCAGUACUACGAAGGUGGAAAGAGCUCGUAUCCCACAACGUGGCAGUAAAAGGCACAACCACCUUCCCUCGCAGUAAUCACAGAUGCUGAACGGGCUCGAGGACAAAGGCACAUGUGGAGUUUCUGACGGGAUGGCAUAGCUCUUCCACAAAGGUAACCUAAUUCCUCCCCCACUGACUGCUUCCCUUGGGAGCAGCCUUUUCUUUAAUGGGUCCUUGGCUGCAGCCUGAUACGUUAGCUGGCAGGAGGACUCAUGCAUGGGACCAUCUGCUUCAAAAGACACAAGUCUCUAGUGCCUGAGCCAAGGGAGAGUCCCCACAAGCUAGGCAGCAGCAGGGUUCGUAUCUGCUGUAGUCAUGAUAGGAGCAGAUCCUAUUGAGCCGUUCUAACUUUCCACCCAGUAGAGCGAAGUGAUGCUCUAGCCACUGAGUGACCCUUAGCUGCUGUUAUCAAGGUCUGGGAAGACCCAGGCCUUCUGGGCGGUACCAGCAGGGCCACGCCUGGCCUGGGCACCAGUGGGGAGGAUCCUGCCAGACUUACCUUCCCAGCUGCUUCUCAACAGAUGAAAGAUGUUUCCAAAAUCAAGGGGGUGACACCUAGUGUGCGUUUACCUUAACCGGACGUGGGGACGCAAACUUCUUAAAGAAACCAGCACAACCAAUGCCAAGAUCAUUGUCAGAGUGAGCAGACGAUAGCACCCACCCGCUUGGAACAAGAUGCUCACAGCCCUGCUCGCUAUGGAUGUGACUCACAGCUCUGAUGCUUUUAGGCUGCUCCAGCCCCCACUCUCACGCUGGUGAUUCUGUACUUAAAUUCCAACAACCAAUUCACGUGCUCUGGUACCUGAGCACUUCUCAGUCUCUAAUGCAUUCACCCCCCCCCCCGACACCCCUGUGAGCUAGGGAAGUGCUAUCAUCUCCACUGAAAUGAUGGGAGCAGAGGUGCAGAGAUAUGGGAGGGGGACUGGCAUCGGGUGUACCAGUAGAGUUAAAGCAGUAGCUUUUUUGUGCCUAGAGAAGCCGGUCACGCAGGAAGUCUGUGGCACAGCAGUGACGUGAAUCUUGGUCCCCUAAGUCUUCAGGGUAGCACCCCGCCCCCUGAACCACCCUCUUUUAAAAAGUAAUUCCAGAUUUUCCAAACUGGCCAGCAUUUUGGGCCCUGAAUGCUUUGAAAGUAUGGCCCCCGCUGUGGGUGAUGGGCAUAGACAAUCUGGUCCUGGUCUCUUAGGAAAACUCUGUCUCCAUGAGGCCAAAUAUACUUGUCAGAUCAGAUACCACCCCACCCUACCCCCAUUGCUGUGACUGUAAGGGGCCUCAUCUUCAGGGGAGCCUCUUGGCCAGCAGGCAUCUGCCAGCAUCCUGGUUAACGCAGCGUCUUGAAGAGCAUCUAACCAGGGCACAGUUUCAAACACUCGGCGCGAGGUCAUUUCAAGCGCAUAGAGAACAGUUGUGACACUUCAUGCAAAACUGGUGGCAAGCGUCAUCGGAGCAGGGCUGAGGCCCAUGAGCGUGAACCAGGAGUGCAAGUGUAGAAAACCUUUACCCGGGAAGGAGCUUGAGCGCAGGCAGAAGCGCAUGAGGCAGGGAAAAGAGAUCACGGGCUUGAGUAAAGCUCUGGCUGCACCCGUUUCAGCUUAACACCGGGUGUCACUAGCACAGCACCAAACAGCCCAGGAGAACCACGCAAGGACUGAAACGUCCUAUUUCCCCCCCCAUGAGAAAAGCCACAGAACAACGAAUUCCACAUUUCCAGCCCCAGUGUGUGUUUGGUGCAAAAUAAAGCUCUCCAAGCAGCGAUGACAGAAGCAGCGCACGAUGGAGGUAGCCGGUCAAAGCCAAGACGUGCAGCCAUGGAUUCACUGAAGAUAGAACUCCCAUCAUGAGAAACUUUGCUUGGGGGUGGGAAGAGGGAAAAUCUUGGAGCUUUUAUUCCCAUGAAAAACGUGGGGCUCUUUCCUGUUGUAUAAGACGAAACCGCAGAGAUAUAAAUGUCACUCCCUUUUUGAGAGCAUUAGUGAAAAUAAACCGGUUUAAUAGUUUGCAGAUGCUGUUUCUCUAAACGUUAAAAAAAAAAAGGAGGGGGGGAUAUUUCUUUGCACAAUCUCAAUUAGAAAACAUUUGCUCUUAAUUUUACAGCUCUCUUGGCAGCCUCCUCCAAAAUGGUCAGCUGACGUUAAAGCAUUACCGAGACAAGACACAAAUUGCCCCAGUGGAAUGAUAGCAGGAACUAGGGAUUGUCCUAAUCUAAGCUUGCUCUCUUCCUUUUUAUUUGUACAUUUCAAUUACUUGUAACAGG